AUGAUUCUCAUAAAUCUUCUCUCAAUUAUUGUUGUGGUUCAAUGUGAUGUUAUCACUGAUGUGGAAGAAGCUGUUAUGGAUGCAAUCGAAAUUCUUUCAAAACUUCAAGCCAAACAAGUUGUCGUUGAAGAACAUCAUAUACCGAAUUCACAACAAGCAAACGAAGCAUCGAAAAUUAUUCAAUCACAUGCUGAAAUUUUUGAAGAAGCAACUCAAGUUUUAGUCAGCAAAUAUGGGCUUGAUAUUAUUCCAAUUGCGAAUAAAAUCGCUGAAUCUUGGAAAAAUCAAUCUGCUGCUGAAGUUAUUCGAGAAAAAAGAAAUGCUGAAUGUCCAUCGCCUCCACAAUCCUGUUCAGAUCCAUUUCAGUAAGAAACUCUCUUCUUUGUUCGUUGUGAACUAAUAAAUGUUUCAGUCAAACAACUCGUACAAUUAGUGGUGCUUGCAAUAACAUACGAAAUCCAACAUGGGGAAGUGCUGAAACAACAACUCGUCGACUUUUGGGAUCAGUUUUGUAUUCUGAUGGAUUGAACAGAAUUCGAACAAGAGGGUCGACAGGACGAGUUCUGCCAUCUGCCAGAGAAAUUUCAAAUAGAAUUCAUGACUCUGGAAAUCGAGAAACUACUUCCAAAACAUACAACCAUCUUCUAAUGCAAAUGGGGCAAUUUUUGGCUCACGACAUAAUUUUUAUGCCUUCUUCAGUCGCACAAAAUGGUAGAGAUUUGAAUUGUACUCAAUGUGAUUCACCAACAACAGUAUCUCCAAAUUGUGCACCAAUUCCAGUUCCAUCUGAUGAUCCAUAUUUCAAGAUAAAUUGUAUUCGUUUGACAAGAGCGUUGAAUGGCCAGACUGGAUUUGGAAUCAGACAACAAAUAAAUCAAAAUACACAUUUUAUUGAUUUAUCAGCUGUUUAUGGAUCAGAAGAUUGUGAAGCUGUGACAGUUCGAGAAUUUAAAGAUGGGAGAUUGUUAGAAUACAGACAUGCUAAUUAUGUACUUCCACCACAAAAUAAAGAAGACGAAAAUUGUCAAUCUACAUCUCCAAAAUACUGUUUCACAUGUGGUGAUUUCCGAAAUAGUCUCCAUCCAGCCCUUAUUCCCAUUCAUACAAUUUUUAUCAAACAACAUAAUCGACUUGCACAAAUGAUUAGACAGGCAAGAAAUACUUUGAGAGAUGAGCAAAUUUUCCAAAUUGCUCGCAAAAUUAUGAUUGCUCAAUGGCAGCAUUUUGUUUAUUCGGAGUAUUUACCAAAUAUUCUACCAAUGGCAGUCAGGCGAAAGUUUGACAUUGUUCCAUUAGCAAGAGGAAAUUAUCGGGGAUACGAUAGAAAUCAAGAUCCAUCUUUAACAAAUGAAUUUGCUGGAGCUGCAUUUAGAUUUGGUCAUAGUCAAGUUAGAAAUAGAUUCCAAAGGUAACAAACACAAUACGUUAUAUUGAAAUUCUGAAUGAAACUUUUCAGAAUCGAUCGGAAUGGUCAUCCUAGUGGUGAUUACAGACUUGGAAAUGAUAUUUUCUACGCCAGUCAAAUGUAUUUGGAUGGAAUUGGUGGAUGGGAACCUAUUUUGAUUGGAAUGAUCAGAUCUGAAUCAAUGGAAGUUGAUAAAGAUUUCUCAUUUUCAAUGAGAAAUGAAAUGUUUAGAAUACGUGGUCAAGAGGGUUCAGGUGUCGAUAUGGCAGCUAUGAAUAUUAUGAGAGGACGGGAUAUUGGACUACUCCCAUAUACUUCAUAUCGAACAUUUUCGGGUUUAUCAGAAGUGAAAGGUUUCAAUGAUUUGAGAUCAGAAUUUACACAAGAAAAUAUUGAUUUACUCCGAAAUGUUUAUAGAAUUGUUGGUGAUAUUGAUUUAUACGUUGGAAUUCUGACUGAAAAACACAUGGAUGGAGGAAUAAUUGGGCCAACUGGAGCAAAUAUGAUUGGAGAAGGUUUUAUGGCUUUGAAGAAAGGAGAUAGAUUUUUCUAUGAAAAUCGAGGUGUUUUAACGGAUUCACAACUUGCCGAAAUCAGAAAAUCGACGUUUUCAAAAACUGUUUGUGAAAACACUGAUGCAUUUGCGAGAAAUGUGAGCACUCAAAUUUUCCACGUUUUGAGUCGAGUUGUAGAUUGCAGGAAUUUACCCGAUAUUAAUAUUCAACCAUUUUUAUAA